AUGUGGUGGCACCCCUGCGGCUGCCAUGUUGUUUGCACAGAAAUGAGCGGUGUUUUCGUGAAAAUGCUAAACAAUGAAAAGUAAACAUUAAUUAAAGAAAAUGCCUGCCAGACUAAAGCAUAUUGAAGUUGAAAACUUCAAGUCCUACCGAGGGCAUCGCGUUAUCGGCCCUUUGAAGCCCUUCAACGCAGUCAUCGGCCCCAAUGGCUCAGGCAAAUCCAAUUUCAUGGACGCUAUCAGUUUUGUUAUGGGUGAGAAAACGCAGAGUUUGCGAGUCAAGAGGCUGAGUGACUUGAUUCACGGAGCUGCAAUCAGCAAACCGAUAUCGAGGAGCGCGUCUGUGACUGCCGUUUUUAUAUUGGAGGAGGAGAGUGGGAAGGAAGUUAGUUUUCAGAGGUCUGUUCAAGGGUCUUCGUCAGAGUAUAGAAUAAAUGGGAGUGUUGUUUCAAACAACGAGUAUCUAGCCGAAUUAGAAAAAUUGCGUAUUAAUGUCAAAGGAAAGAACUUCCUGGUAUUCCAAGGCGCCGUAGAAUCCGUAGCAAUGAAAAACCCCAAGGAAAUGACAACUUUAUUUGAGGAAAUCAGCGGCUCUGGGGCUUUAAAAGAAGAAUACGACCGGCUUAAGCAACAAAUGCAGAAAGCCCAAGAGGAAAUUAACUUCGCCUACCAAAAGAAAAAAGGUAUAAAUGCGGAACGCAAAGAAGCCAGAUUGGAAAAAGAAGAAGCCGACAAAUACGCCAGACUCAAGGACGAUUUGAACGACAAACUAGUCGAACACCAACUUUUCCGCUUGUAUCACAACGAACGCGAAAUGAAAAACCUAGAAAACGACUUAAAACACAAACAGCGAGAAGUGGAAAAGAUCGAAAAGAAGAAAGAAAGAGCCGAGGAACUCCUCAAGGAGAAGAAAAAGGAACAAGGGAAGUUUAACAGGGAGUUGGCGAAAAUCGAGCAAGAUAUUCGGGAAGUGGAGGUCGAAAUUUCGAAAAAGCGGCCACAGUUUAUCAAAGCCAAGGAACGCGUUUCUCAUAUGCAGAAAAAGUUGGAUGGGGCGAUUAAGACGUUGGAACAGGCGAGAAAAGCGCACGAGGCGCACAUGAACGAUAUUAAAAAAUUAGAGGAUGAGUUGGCUGAAGUGGAAAAGUCUAAAGAGGAGUAUGAGAGUCAGAUCGCUGGAGAGUCGCAGAGUCAAGGCAGAGAUGUUCAUUUAGAGGACGAACAAGUGAAAGAAUACCACAGGUUGAAGGAAGAAGCAGCUAAAAGGUCUGCACGAUACAUGCAAGAACUGGACUCUGUCAACAGAGAGCAGAAGUCUGAUCAAGACAGAUUAGACAAUGUGUCAAGAAUGAGGACCGACGCAGAAAAUAAACACAGGCAGAAGUGUCACGAGAAAGAAGAGAUGGAAAAGAGGAUUGAGAAACUAGCGGAACAUAUUCGGUUAAGUGAGCAGGCUUUGCAAGACCAGAAACAGUUGAGGGCUGACUUGCAGUCGGACGUUGGGUCUUCUAAAGAUCGCGUUCACGAAAUUCAGAAGCAGCUCGACGAUGUUCUGGAGCAGUUGGGGGACGCUAGGACUGAUAAACAUGAAGAUGCUAGGAGAAAGAAGAAACAGGAGAUUGUGGAACGGUUCAAAAGCAACUACCCGGGAGUGUACGAUCGCAUGAUCAACAUAUGUCAACCCAUCCACAAACGCUACAACGUCGCCAUUACAAAAGUCUUGGGCAAAUUCAUGGAGGCCAUCGUCGUCGACAGCGAACACACAGCCAGACAGUGCAUCAAAUACUUAAAAGAGCAAAUGUUGGACCCCGAGACAUUCCUUCCCUUGGACUACCUCCAAGUGAAAGCUGUCAAAGAACGACUCAGAAACAUCACAGAACCCAAAGGAGUCAAACUCUUGUACGACGUGCUUCAAUUUGAGCCCCAAGCGGUCGCUAAGGCGGUGCUUUUUGCCACCAAUAACGCGCUAGUGUGCGAAACACCGGACGACGCGAUGAAAGUGGCCUACGAAUUGGGCGGUAGAUACGACGCGGUAGCUCUGGACGGUACGUACUACCAGAAGUCUGGUAUUAUUUCCGGAGGUAGUUUAGAUUUAGCACGAAAAGCUAAACGCUGGGACGAAAAACACAUUUCGCAAUUGAAGGCGCAGAAAGAGAAGUUAACGGAAGAAUUGAGAGACGCGAUGAAAAAAUCACGGAAAGAAUCGGAGUUGAACACUGUAGAUUCACAAAUUAGGGGUUUGGAAACGAGGUUGAGAUACGCAAAAACUGAUAUGGAAAGCACUAUGAAGCAAAUCAAAGCUGUGGAUGCCGAAUUAGCCAAGCUGUCCGAAGAAAUGGUUAAAUACGGGCCCAAGAUUGAAGAGAUUGAACGGACGAUGCAAACUAGAGAACAACAAAUCGAAGAAAUCAAGCUCCAGAUGAACAGCGUCGAAGACGUCGUCUUUUCUAAGUUCUGUCAAGAAAUCGGCAUUCGGAAUAUACGGCAGUACGAAGAUCGAGAGUUGCGGGCGCAGGAAGAACGAAAACAAAAAAGAUUGGAGUUCCAGAAACAAAUUAACAGAAUUACGUCGAAUCUAGAAUUCGAGAAAAGUCGCGACACACAAAAUAAUGUAAGUCGGUGGGAGCGCACUGUUAACGACGAGGAGGAGCGUUUAGAAACGUGUAGGAAACAAGAGGCGAAGCAACGAGAGGAGAUCGAUAAAGAUUUGCAGCAGGUGGAGCAGUUGAAGGCGCAGAGGUUGAAUAAGAAACAAGAAGUUGAUGGCAUGGAAGAGGAACUGGGUAAGGCGAGGCGAGAGGUGGGGAGUAUUGCGAAGGAUGUACAAGCGGCGCAGAAGGCGGUGGUGUCUUUGGAAACGAAGAUUGAAGGGAAGAAGAGCGAAAGGCACGCGAUUUUGAUGCAGUGCAAGAUGGACGACAUCGCCAUUCCCAUGAUCGUCGGCAACAUGGAAGACAUCGUGGCCUCCGACCCAUCCCAGAGCUCCUCAGGCGACACGAGCAGCACAGUCCAGCAAUACGAAAAAGAAGCCCGAAUCAAAAUCGACUACAACGUCUUAUCCGACAACCUAAAAGACCUCGAGGAGAAAGACGAAAUCAAGAAAAUGGCCGACAAGCUCCUCAACUCCAUCAAGAGCCUCCAGGACACCCUGACCAAAAUCCAGGCCCCCAACAUGCGCGCCAUCCAGAAACUCGAACUGGCCCAAGGCAAGCUCCAAUCGACCAACGAGGAGUUCGAGAACCUACGCAAACAAAACAAGAAAGCCAAAGCGGCGUUCGAGAGGAUCAAGCAGCAGAGAUACGAGAGGUUCACGAGGUGCUUCGACCACGUGUCGAACGAGAUCGACAACAUUUAUAAGGCGCUUGCGCAGAACCAGUCUGCGCAGGCGUUCUUGGGCGCGGAGAACCCCGAGGAGCCCUAUUUGGACGGGAUUAAUUAUAACUGCGUGGCGCCGGGGAAGAGGUUCCAGCCGAUGUCGAACUUGUCGGGAGGGGAGAAAACGGUGGCUGCGUUGGCACUACUGUUUGCCAUACAUAGCUACCAGCCGGCGCCGUUUUUCGUGCUGGAUGAAGUUGAUGCGGCUUUGGAUAAUACCAACAUCGGGAAAGUUGCCAAAUAUAUAAGGGAGAAAACGGAGUCGCUGCAGACUAUUGUUAUUUCGUUGAAGGAGGAGUUUUACUCGCAUGCCGAUUCGUUGAUCGGGAUCUGCCCGCAGCCAGCGGAUUGUUUAGUAAGUCAGGUUUUGACCGUUGAUUUGACUAAAUAUCCGAUGUAAAAUAUAUUUGGUUCGGUGUUUUGAUGUAUUUUUUUUACCGUAAUGAGUUUUUAAAUAAAGUUAAAUUAUGAUUGA